AUGCUCCUGAUGGAGGUGAACCACGCCGGAUUUCUGGGAACAUUUGAUUUCCUGUACUUGCCCAUCGAUACGGACACCGGUGCCAAUCGGGGGUAUGCAUUUCUGAACUUCUUGGACCCGUCCCUUUCAUGGACGUUUCGCACGAUGUAUGAAGGGCGCAAGAUGACCCGCUUCAACUCUAGCAAGAUCAUAACAAUCGUGCCGGCUACCCUUCAGGGCUUUGAGGCGAACUACAUGCACUAUGCUUUUGCUCGUGUCAGCCGGGGUGACCCGGCAGCUAGGCCGCUCUUCCUUCGCGUUUGGGCCUCAGAAGUUGCGGGUACUUAUGCAAGCUCAGUUAAAAGUCCGAAUGAUUUGACCUGUAAGGAGCCCAAGUCCUUGCCGGUUCCGGCAAGAGGCCGUUACAGUACACGAUUACCCAGUCAGCUGCAGAUUCAGCAGGUGGCAAAGAAGCUCGCAGAGGCGGCGCCCGCUCCUUAG